AUGCUCUUGAUGAAAUUAUUCAUAGUCCUGCUUGCGGCUUAUCUGUGCAGUGCUUCUGCAUCAUUUAUAAAUACGUGUACAAGACUGUGUAAAAGCGAAGUUGAGAAAUAUAACAAAGAGCACCCACAGUCGCCAAGGAAUCCCAAUUGCGCACAGUGGUGCAAAGAUAUUGUGGAGGGCAAGCAGUACAAAUAUGUCGACCCUUCAAUUUUGCAGAUUUUGCAAUGA